GACCCACAUAGGUAUUACACCAUUGCACAAUCUGUGUUGUUAAUUUGGAGCUGUAGCUAUCACGUCCCUGUUGCUGGACGCCAUUAAACAACAGACGCCUUUCACGAAGCGACAGGACAGAGUCUUGAGCACGCCAUGGCUUUUGUAGCGUACAAAAGCCAUGAAAGCCUUUGUGGAAAUCACGCAGCGCCUGCCGGCUUUGUGGCGACGCAACCUGGCCACCCUGUUAGGAGGCGAGUAAAGCAGCCGCAGAGUAGCUGGCAGAUUACCUUCUCGCCAACGCCAUUCCCUCCGUCUGCGAUACAAGUCUGGAAGGGCGACCAAUGGACCCCACGCCGCGGUCUUCUCUUGACCAGAAGCCACGCAACAGAGUCAGUGCCUGAGGCGCAUGGUCUGCGGCCGUUGCCUCUGCUGCCUUCCGUUGGCCUUACCAUCGAAAGCGACGCUGACGAAGGCGACGGAAUGGCAAUCGUCGCGACGCCCUUUACCUCCAAGGCGGCUCCAACCACCCGGUCUGCAUCUAUCAGAAACACUACGCCACUCGGGGGCUUGAACCGCCCCACAUCUGCACCUACGGCUAGCAAUGCCCGCACGGCAUUUGCCCCUGCUGCAUCCACCACCCCUGUUACUUCUCGCCCAAGCACCGGCAGCAGCACAGCUUCCGCUGCUAGCAACCGCGAGGGGAGCCCUGUCGUACAGUUGUCAGCAUCACCUAAUGGCCGACAGUACGGCAGCAAGGAUACUGCGGCAGACUCUGCCGUACAUAUGCCGUACCUUAUGGCAGCUGAGGGCGGCGGCGACGAAACAGAUCACGAAGAAGAUUACCUUCUCCACGACCUUCCGGAGGCCGCCAUGGGACCGGCCGGGACAUUGUACGGCACCAGCAACGCCAGCAGCGACCGAAACGGCAACGCCAGCAGUAACGGCUACACCAGCAGUGCGGUUAACGGCACCAACGGUACUGCCAUGCCCAAGAGAAGCCCAACAACGGUUUCAGGUGCGGUUCCACAGGGGCUGAAGGACAUGGCUGCAAGCAAGGCUGCCGCCGCGGCAGCUGCGGAAGCAGCGGCAGAAGCAGCCGCCGCAGCAGCAGCCGCUGCCGCAAAGGGCCCUGCUAAGGGCGUCCUCGCAGCCGGUAAGAGCGCCGUAACGGCCGCCGCUUCAGGAGUCGUAUCAGCCGCCUCAGGUGCUGUAGCCUCAGCCACGGGCGCAGUAGCGUCGACGGCAGCCGUAGGGAAGGGUGUCUCGGCAGUGGUGGGCAAGGGCGCCGUAACAGUCGCGAAGGGGGCGGUCAACGCCGCCACGGGCGUUGUUACGGCUGCCACAGGCGUUGUGGCACCUACCGCAGCAGCUGCGGGCAAAGGCGUGGUUGCGGCAGGCAAGAGCGCGGUAACUGUGGCUACGGGGGCCGUAACGGCUGCAACGAGCGUUGUCGCCUCGGCUGGUGUUGGUAAGGGCGUGGUUGCGGCAGGCAAGGGCGCUGUAACGGCUGCAGCAGGAGUGGUCACCGCAGCCACAGGUGCUGUGGCGUCCACAGCAGCAGCAGGCAAGGGAGUGGUGGCCGCGGGCAAGAGCGCACUGUCCGCGGCCUCGGGCGCCGUAACGGUCGCAAAGGGCGCCGUCAGUGCCGUGGCGUCCACAGCAGCAGCCAGCAAGGGUGUGGUGGCUGCAGGCAAGAGUGCGGUAACGGCGGCUGCCAGCGGCGCGGUUUCCGCCGCCACUGGCGCCGUAACGGCUGCCACUGGGGCUGUUGCGUCUGUGGCGGCAGGCAAGGGCGGCCAGGGGGCUGCUGCUCUUGUGGCGAGUGCGUCGCAGGGGGUACGGAAGGCGGCAGGCGCGGUGGGUUCAGUGGUGGCUGGGGCCGCAAGGUCGUCUGGUGGUGGGGCGGCAGGGUCGGCAGUCUCCGGGAGUAAGAGCGGCAGGCCGGGCGGCAGCAGCAGCAGUGCCAGCAGCGGUAACGGUGGCAGCGGCAGCAGCAUUAAAUGCGAUCCAGCGGUGUCAAGUGAAGAGGAGAACGAUGCUUGCACGUGGGGUGUAUAAGGGGGCCUAUAAUUGGAAGUGUGGAUGGAUUGCGGUGGGUAAGGAGGAAACAACUAACUGACUGAGGGAUAAGGCGUCAAGGGAUUGCGGUGGGGGAUUAGAUAAACUGAGCCGCGGAAACCACCCACCCCGCACAUGAUUGUCGCUUGGUUGUGUAGUGCAUUGUCCGGAACUUGGCAGAGGCCAUGCAUGGCGUUGUGAGUCCGCGAUGGGAGGAAGAGCACUGAAGCUGUGAUUCAACCGUGAUUGGGGUUUUGUGACUGUGGGUUAGUAGGUAUGUUGGCAGUUGUGGUAUAUCCCACCUCAUUAAGGUGGAAGGGUGUCGUUGUUGUCAUUGCGACCGACGUGUAGCAAAACGGGUUUGUUUGCGCCUUGUAGAUGCCACCCACCGCCCGGCAUGUGUGACUACGAUUGAGGCAAUGGGAGGGGAGGGAAGCAUCGGAAGGAAUGACCCGUGACGCACUUUGGAAUCGAUAGGGCACUGCGAACUAUCUGCAAAUAAUAUGACGCGACACCAAGCGGCGCAACAUUCCUAGUGAAAGUAGUGGUUCAAUCCUAUGUAGUGUUUUGUGCGCUUUGUGGGAUAAUAAUGGUGGUUUGAACCCUGCUUCACGCUACCAUUUGUAUGGGUCGAUAGGGUAUUAGUUUCCUGGUUCCUGGUCCACAAAGGACGAUUAGGACUAAUCUGGGGAGGUGAUGCGGAAGUGAAAAAAAUCAGGGGAGCUAGAUUGUUGAGGGGGUGUUGAGGUGAAAAGGGAGCGUGGAGAAUGCGAUUAUUACAUCGUGGAGGCCCAUGUCAUAACGUGUCAUAACCCAUGCCGUACUGUGCUGCCGUACAACAACACACCCCAGAUCACCCUCCUGAUGAUGGCAGGGAACAGGGGCUCAUGGGGCCAAUAGCAUACCGGUUGCUAGCUGGGCUGGGAAGAUUGGCGUACAGUGGCAUAUGAACUGUGCAUAUUGACGCAGCAACUCAUACAAUG